AUGGCUAAGGAGUCUAAAUUCUACGAUAUUCUUGGUGUUGCAGCAACCGCCACAGAAGCCGAAUUAAAGAAAGCUUACAAGAUCGGAGCUCUAAAGCAUCAUCCUGACAAGAAUGCACACAAUCCAGAUGCCUCCGACAAAUUCAAGGACCUGUCGCAUGCGUACGAGGUUCUUUCUGAUCCCCAGAAGCGACAAAUCUACGACCAAUAUGGCGAGGAGGGCUUAGAAGGCGGUGGUGGGGCAGGUGGAAUGAACGCCGAGGACCUGUUCUCUCAAUUCUUUGGUGGCGGAUCCGCAUUCGGAGGUGGCGGCGGUGGUGGUGGAUUUGGAGGCAUGUUUGGUGGUGGUGGCAUGCAAAGCCGCGGACCACCAAAAGCCCGAACGAUUCACCACGUACACAAAGUCUCCCUCGAGGAUAUCUACCGCGGAAAGGUCUCCAAGCUCGCCCUCCAAAAAUCAGUCAUCUGUUCGUCAUGUAAAGGACGGGGUGGCAAAGAGGGCGCGGUUAAGAAAUGUGCCGGUUGUGAUGGCCAGGGCAUGAAGACCAUGAUGCGCCAGAUGGGCCCUAUGAUCCAACGCUUUCAGACUGUCUGCCCCGACUGCAAUGGAGAAGGUGAAACUAUACGCGAGAAAGACAAGUGCAAGGUCUGCUCUGGAAAGAAAACAAUUGUCGAGCGAAAGGUACUACACGUUCACGUAGAUAGGGGUGUCCGAACAGGGCACAAGAUUGAGUUCCGAGGCGAGGGGGACCAAACUCCUGGAGUUCAGCCUGGUGAUGUUGUUUUCGAAAUCGAGCAAAAGCCACACCCCAGGUUCCAGCGCAAGGAUGACGACCUUUUCUACCACGCAGAAAUCGACUUGGUCACCGCUCUUGCGGGUGGCACAAUCUUUGUUGAGCAUUUGGAUGACAGAUGGCUCAGCAUCGAAAUUAUGCCUGGAGAGGUUAUCAGCCCAGGUACUCUGAAGAUGGUUCGUGGCCAGGGAAUGCCUUCGUACCGUCACCACGAUUUUGGUAACCUCUUUGUCCAAUUCGAUGUCAAAUUCCCCGAGAAGAAUUUCGCGGCCGAUCCUGCAGCGUUCGAAGCCUUGAAGAGUAUCCUUCCUCCUUCAAAGACCAUUGUUACCCCACCAGCGGAUACAAUGACCGAAACAGUUGACUUCGAGGAUGUUGAUCCCAGCCAGCAAGCACGUGCUCAAGGCGCAACAGGAAUGGAUGAUGAAGAUGAAGAUGGACACCCUGGUGGAGAACGAGUCCAAUGUGCCUCGCAAUAA